UCGGUCGAGCGAGCGGCCGACGAACCGUACUCGAACCGCUGUUGGGCUGGCGGAUCCCGUACGGUUCGCCGCUGCCUCGCAAGACAACACGCGUGCGGCUAGAUAACGGCAAACACAUUGCAUUUCAGAACAGACUCACUGGCAUCUUGGAUCAGAUGAGCGCUUUUCCUUGGGAUUAGCGUCCAGGCCGCUCGCCGUUGGCAGGGAAAGUUCAACGAAAAUUGCACAACGAAGCGUUGCACCCUCCUCUUCAUCACCAUAAUGCCCAGCUGACGAGGUCGCUGCAGAAAGUUGGGGUGCUUCAAAAGCGAGUGAUGUGAUGGAAGCGGACUCAGUGUUUUUUUAUUAAGGGACCUGACGCCUUUUCCGCGGUGACGAGUAUCAUGACCACCACAGUAGCCAAUGGCAACGAUAACAAGCAGUUCAAAGGUGACCCCAGGGGUCUCGGGUUACCAUCCAGGGUGGUCCACAUCCGCAAACUUCCCGAUGACAUCGUGGAAGCGGAGGUCAUCGGCCUCGGCGUUCCCUUCGGAGACAUCACCAACCUCCUCAUGCUCAAAGCCAAAAACCAGGCCUUCUUGGAGAUGUCGUCUGUGGAGUGCGCUCACAACAUGGUGUCUUACUACUCAGCUGUGCUGCCUUUCAUCCGCAACCAUCCCGUCUUUGUGCAGUUCUCCAACCACAAGGAACUCAAGACGGAUCACUCCCCCAACCACGAGGUAACACCGCCGCUAAGAACUGUUAAAGUUGCUCAAGCGAUAGCGUUUGACCAAGUCCCCGCUCCCCUGUCUCAGAGGGCUCAAGCGGCUCUGCUUGGCUCUGCUUCCCACAUGGACCCGUCUGUGCUGCCCCCCGGUGGUGUGCUGCGUGUGGUGGUGGACAACAUGAUGUAUCCUGUCAGUCUGGAUGCUCUCUGUCAGAUCUUCUCCAAAUUCGGCACAGUGUUGAGGAUCAUCAUCUUUACGAAGAACAGUCAGUUCCAGGCUCUUCUUCAGUACCCCGACAGCUCAACCGCGUACGCUGCUAAAAUGUGUCUGGAUGGUCAGAACAUCUACAACGGCUGCUGCACGCUGAGGAUCAACUACUCCAAGCUGAGCAGCCUGAACGUCAAGUUCAACAACGACAAGAGUCGAGACUUCACCAGACCGCACCUCCCCGGCGGAGACAUAGACCACCCCCGCAUGGCCGCCGCCACCUUUGCUCCGGGCAUCGUGUCGGUCACGCCCUACUCCGCCCCGCCCCGCGCCUUCCCCCCUGCCUUCACUUUCCAGCCUGCAGGGCUGACGUUCCCCGGGACCGCCAGGCCGCCCUACGCCCCGCCGCCCGGCUGGCGCUCCGUCCUGCUGGUCGGCAACCUCCACCCCGAGAGGGUGACGCCCCAGUGCCUCUUUAUUCUCUUUGGCGUGUACGGCGACGUGAUGCGUGUGAAGAUCCUCUUCAACAGGAAGGAUAACGCGCUGGUGCAAAUGGCCGACGCCACGCAGGCGCAGCGCGCCAUGUGCCACCUGAGCGGGCAACGCCUGCACGGCAAGCCCCUGCGCGUGACACCAUCCAAACACGCCAGCGUGUGUUUGCCUCGCGAUGGGCACGAGUGUGAAGGUCUGACUCGAGACUUUAGCUGCUCACCGCUGCACCGUUUCAAGAAGCCCGCCUCCAAGAACUACGCCAACAUCUUCCCGCCCUCCGCUACGCUGCACCUGUCCAACAUCCCGCCCUCGGUGCUGGAGGACGACCUGACGGCCAUCUUCUCCAGCGCCGGCGCUCGUGUGCUCGACUUCAAGUUCUUUCAGAAGGACCACAAGAUGGCGCUGAUCCAGAUGGGCUCAGUGGAGGAGGCCACGGAGUCGCUGAUCCUGUUCCACAAUCACGACCUCGGCGACCAUCACCACCUUCGGGUGUCCUUCUCCAAGUCGGCAAUCUGAAAAGAAAAAAAAAAAGAAGGGGGGGGGACGCUUUGCGUUUCACUUUUGACCUUUGACUCUUGGAUUGCCGCGGCCCGGGGCAUCUCAUCACACCUGACGCUCGCCUGCAAACUAUUUGCUUGACUGGACAGACAACCAUCGAGUUACAAGACUUACUUUUUGUUACAUCUCAGCCCAUAUUGAUUGUACUAUACGUACGAGUAGCUUUGUAGGCCUGUAGGUACUAGUAGGGCUACAACUAACGAUUAUUUUAAUAAUCGAGUCGUCUGGCGAUAUUUUUUUUCGAUGAGUCGGACAAAAGAAACUUUUUAAUUUCCAUCCCUUUAUUCAAAAACAGGAAAUGAUUUUAAACGGAAAGUGCAGAAAAUGCACAAGCAUAAAUUGAUGAUGAUGAUUAGCAUCGGUCAGAAAAUCAGCAAAAAUGUUGAUUGUUUACCAAAGUAAAAGCAGAUGUUUGCAAAUAUCUCAUUUGGGGGGGAAAAAAGAAAUUUGAGAGGCAGAAAUCAUAAUUUGGACAAUUUUAAGUUUAACAUCUCAAAUCGAUUAAUCAUUGAAAUAAAAUUGUUGUUAGUUGCUGAUUAAUCGAUGAAUUGUUGCACUACUAGUUAAUGGUGUAACUUUUUAGUUACUUUUGACCUCAAACAUCAUAAGUGGUUAUCUUCAUAGUUACUUGUCAGGCAUAACUAGUUACUAUACUUAUCAAAGUUACUGUAGUUACUUGCCAGUCAGCCGUGACUAGUUGCUAUGGUUACGAGUAAUUUCUUAGUUACCUGUCAGGCCUAACUAGUUAUUUGUGUAGUUACUUGUAACUUGUUACAUACUUGUCAGUCUUGCUGGAGAGCAUUGAGGUGACGCGGUGCCUUAUGAUUAUGAUCCUCAUCAUAAUUGUAACUUGUUCGCCUGUUUUCACGUCUGCGCAAUAUUUGCCUCGUACAAUCGCGUCCAAACCAAAAAGUUACGUGACAUUCCACUGCCGCUCUCUCUCGCGGUGCCUUCGAGACGCCGUCAGACAAUUGGAAAACACAAGGCGUGUCCCUAAGCACCGGAGCGUUUGCGCCGCUAACGUUUCUUAGCACGCCUGCCGUGUUCGCGGUGUGGCUGCUAGUGUCGCAUUUCUUUGUUUAGUUACGAGUAGCACGUUCAGGUGCGCUGCUAUUGCUAAUAAAAGUGUGCUAACAUAUUUAA